UGAUAGCAGACGAGAAUAAGAAGCCCCAGUUGAUCUAAAUGAUAAUAGCCGAUAAUUAUAUUUGAUGUUGAGAUUUCAGUUCUUUUAAUAUCAAUUUAUUAUACUAAUUAGAUCUGAAUGAUUAGUUUUAUGCAAUAACUGCAAUGGUAAUUUGUUGGGGGUUUUUUCUGGAAAAGGGUGGGGGCUAUUUUAUUUUUAGAAAUGUUUUUGUUUGGAAAAAUUAGUUAGAGUGCCACAAAUCAGAAUCAGAGAAAAUGUUAUUUUUAUUUACCGGUAUUUAUUUUUUAAACUAGAGGCCAUGACUAUUACUUACUAUUAUACUAUUACCAUUAUUAGUAAUGUUAAUCACUACGUUUUUUGUUGGGGUUUUGUUCUAACCUAGGCGGCUGCUUACUACAACAUGUACACAUAUAAAUAUUAUAAUGAUUACCACCCUCCCCCCCCCCCCCCCCCCCCCCCCCCCCCCCCCGCCCAUAGCCAUAAUCAUUAAAAAAAACUUUGAUUUUGACUAAUUUAUUAUAAUUAGACUAAUAAUGAGUAAUGACAAUGAAAUUUGAAAUUCUAGAAACUACCAUUAAUUAAUUGAUUAAUGCUGUUAUUUUGAUAUAUUAGGCCUAUAUAUGAUUAUGAGGUUAUAAAACAACAAUUGUAAUAAGUAUUGAGUAAUGACAGUAAUGUAAUCAAGUAAUGCUGAUCUAUAUCUCUUUAUUUUUAUCAAUGACAGUGUAGACCUACAGUUAUUCAAGAAAUUUUAGACAACUAUUUCCGUGGAUGAUGUACUUGGUGUAUAGCUUUAUUUUUCAAUUGAUUAUGUCUGAGAUGAAUGGCACAUUCUUUUCUUUUCUCCAGGUUGUUUUAACUACUACUUAUUCGCAGAGUAAUAGUGUAAGUGUUCAUCAUAAUCAGACAGUUAGUGCUGAAAGCAUGGCCCACUGGAUGCACUGUAAUGGAUGUUACUGUCAACCACAACCUGGUGUUGAUCUGAAAUUUUACUUGACCAACUGUAGUCACCUUUACUGUGAAAAAUGUGUUGCUUCUUGUAAGCUACAAAUUAAUUUAGCUAAGAGUCCCUAACGCCUUGUUGGUUAUUAACUUUUUAAAUAAAUUAUUAAAAGUUAAUGCAUGAUGAUUUACUUAACAUGCAGUUGACAGCUAGAUUUUUUAAGUUACUAUAUAAAAUAAAGUGAACUCUGGUGGUUUCUUAUAACUUAUAAAUUUAUUAGUGGUAUUUAACAUUUUUAAGUUCUUAGUAUGUUUAUUAAAUUUGCAUCAUAUCAUGAAGGAAUUAUGAUUAAUAUAAUAAAGAAAAAAGGCUUUCCUGUACCAAUACAGAUAUUACAAUUAAAAACACUUUAUUUUAGUCUGUUUAUCAAUUGUAAAAUUGAAAAUUAAAAAGAGAAUCUAAAUGAAAAAGACAACUUUGAUUUGCUAUAAUGGCAUAGCCAUGGCAUAUGCUAUAAUGGCAUAGCCAUAUUUAAUUGUUUAAAGCAGCGGUUCUCAACCUGUGGGUCAUGACCCCCUUGUGGGUCGAACGACCCUUUCACAGGAUUCGCCUAAGACCAUCGUAAAACACAUAUAUUCUACAAUUAUAAAGUAGCAAUGAAAAUAAUUUUAUGGGUGGGGUCACCACAACAUGAGGAUCCUUACUAAAGGGUCGCAGCAUUAGGAAGGUUGAGAACCACUGGUUUAAUUAAAGGGUCAUCUUUUUAAAAAAAAUAUUUUAUUAAAAUUUAUACUUAAAAUAAAAUAAUAGAAAAAGGCGUAUUGUUAGCUCUGUUGUCAUUACGGUCAUUAGGCUCCUUAGGCAACAGCCUGACUAUUAUCUUAAUAGAAAGCCUUAGAAGUAAAAUGAUAAUUAUUAAGUGGCUGCCUGAUAAUCUUUUUUUUUUGUAUCAGGUGCUAAAGAGAGAUGCAAAGUUUGCAGAUCCCAAUGUACAACAUUGAUGCUUGGUGGAAAGGUAUCGUAGCAAUAAAGCAAACAGUUUUGAGUGCUACUUUCAUAGUAAUACUAGUUUAAGUAAUAAUUUUUACUUGAUUUAUCCUGUUAUCUUUUGGGGAAAACAGGUUGUAAAUAAAUUAAAUUACUUUUGGUAGAAUUUAGGGAUAAUUUGGAGAGAUAUUACCCUGACGUCAUGUGCAUGUCUUGUCCCUAGUUAGCCUAGUUCUGAUAGGGUCAAAACCCAGGCUAGAGAUAAGUUUAGAGUUCAGGUUAGGUUUAGGAAAUAAAUUCGCGGGUCACCGCAACCAAGAUGGUGGCCGCGGUACUAUCUCUCCAAAUUUACAGAAUUUAGUUAAAUAUUUAUUUCUUGUGGUAUUAAAUUCUCUUUUUUUUAGUUAGGUUGCUAAAUUCGGGACCUAUCAAUUCUAAUAGUAAAAUAAACUGAGUGAAGUCAAUUUUAUGUUCAUGUUGCAGCUUCCCAAAGAAGUAGAAAACUUGUUUUCUGAUCCCAUUGAUAUGCAUCAGAAAUUUAACAAGCAGUUUCAUCAGGUAUAAAUUAAAAUUUUCUUUACUGGAAUUUUAUUGCCAUAAUUUACCUAAUUUAUCUGACACUAAAUCAUAUAUUAUAUUUUAUAUAUAUUAUUUAUAUAUUAUUUUAUUGCUAUUUAAAAUGUGCUACUUUAAUGAAAAGCAUAUCUAUCAGGCUGUACUACAAUGAAUCAAAUAUACAUAUAUUUAUAACGCAGCUCACUACUAUCAGUAGGAUAAUAAUGCACAAACUUUCACCACAAAGUUCUCUCAUCAACGCUCAAUGAAAAUGCAGCUAGGCCAUAGACAGACUAUAGGCACAAUAUCACAAUUUGCUUCCGUCCGACGCCGAACCCCACAUGGCCUGGGAUUAUUCUUCAAGGAUUUUUUCAAGCUGGUUCCCAACAGCAAAUUGCCUCUCUCCACACCGCCUCUCUUAUAACAUUUGCUGGAUAACCCAAGGGAACAUCAUUGGAUGAUACAGCUUGGCACCAGUGACGUCGCAGGAGUUGUCAGAAUGUUUCAUUGUACCAAUGUUAUCCGCCAUUCAGGACUCCAUCUCCGGGUUUGAUUUCAGAGUUUCCUUCUCUUAGAUGGUUACCAUCCAAGGUUAACGAGUCGCACCCGGGGUGCAGGUGAUAUUUUUGCUUGACUGGGCUCUGGCUGGAAUUGAACUCCAUACCACUAACUUGAGAUUUGCUCAGUUUAGACCACUCGGCCACCCAGCACAAUAUCACAAUUACCAUAAAAUUAAAAUACAUCACAAGCCCAAAAUGCGGGAAUAGCAUUCAUUAUUGAAACUACUACACAAGAUUCUCUGCGCACAAUGAAACUAAAUCAUAAUAUUUGGUGCGCUGCAAUUAUUAGUGAUAACCCAUAUUCGACACUGUGUUUUAUAAUAUUUUACAUGCCAUCAAUUACAAAUAACAAUUAAAUAAUGUGUAAACAUUUUAUAUUUGCAAUCGUCAUAAUAUAUAAAAAUAACAUUUGCUGUUUAUCCUGUUUUAAGAAAUAAUUUUUUUUAAAUUUCAUGUUGUUUUUAGACUUUAGAAUUUCAAAAAAGCCACCAAAGAAGACUUGUGAGACAACUGAAGGAAAAAGUAAGCAUCAUUUAUAAUAAUAAUUAUCACCAACUUUAUUAUCAUAACACUUUCUUUGUGUACACCAGGGGUCCGUGUCACAAAUGACUGGGGCGGGGUACAGGACAGAGCUCCAUUGUUGAGGUAACGUAUAGGAUGGAUGGGAACUGCUGUUAUUUUAAGGAAGGCAUUGUUAGAGUAGGGGGUAAAGUUAAGGUUAAUAGACUCUCACGUCUUGAGAUAGAGGGGAUUGUUUCUUUCGAUAAUAUUGUUUUCGGGCCUUCCUGACUUCGCAUGAUAAUUUUUGGGUUAACGACGGGAAAUUCCUGGGCCACCUAUGGAGUUAGAGAGUCGCAUAUAAGACAGAACUUUUCAAGAUAGGGGGUGAGUUGAGGAAGAUAGAGAAGAGUUACGACGUUAGUUGAGGAAGAGGGAACAGAGUUACGAUGUAGUUGAGGACGAGAGAGAAAAGAGCUACGAUAACAUUGAGCAGUUGUUAGGGAAUAGUUGCUAGAGAUCAGGAGACAACAGAUGACUAGAAGAACUUAUAUCUUAGAAAUAAACACACUUUCAUUAUCGUUGGACACCUGGAGUUUGAGUUGUUGGAUUUCGUUCAAGUCUACGUUGUGCUUUUGUCUGUCCCAACGCCUAGAUACCCACCAUAUAAAUCAUAGAGAGGAGCGGUCCUUUACUGACCACUGCUAAGUCAAUACAGUUUGUGAUAAGACAGGACCGAAGCCCUCCCCCGUGUUGGCUGUUCAAAGCCUAUGGUUCUUCAUUGCAUUAUUCAUCAACAUGCAUUGUGGGGGGGAUAAUAAUUACUAACAUCUGUUUUUCUCUUGUGUCCAUGAACCUAUGUGUUUUCAAUGGAUCUAUGUGUUUUAACAGUGAACUUCAUUUUGCUCCCAUCACUUCAAUCAUAGCUGAUUCCGCAAAUUUUUUACAGAAACUAAAGCAGAUUAUAAUGAGUUACUUUACCAAACUUAUGUCAGACAUCUCAAUUGUGUGAAGAUUUUGUUAGAAAUUGUUCAGAUGAGAGCUGAGAUUGAGAUUUUCUUAGUUGAAAUGCACUUCCCUCAAUUGUCACUUACAAAUAGUAGGAGAGUCUGGGAGCUAAUGGUGUUUUAAUAUUAUCACCAAGCUAAAUGUAUCUGAAAAACUCUCCUAUAUGCCAGUGAGACAUGUGCUUAUACAGCAGACAUGCUAAAAAACUAAACCAUCUCCACCAACGCUGUUUACUCAAGCUUCUUGGCAUACGGUAGCAGGUCAAAGGCCAUGCUGCAGAGUCCUACAACAAGCCAGCCUUAUCAACAUCCACACUUCCUCACAAAAAGGACAAGCCAGAUGGCAAGGUCAUGGUGCAAGAAUGCCACAUAGCAGACUGCCUAAAGAACUAAUGUACCAGUAUACUGAACUUUUCAGGUGGAAACCUUCAGCUCAUUCGCUGGAAAAUGUUUCUAAGAUUGUCUAAAAGUAAAUUAGUGAACAUUGACCUGAACUCAUGGGAAACAUUUGCUUUGGAUCACACAAACAAGCGAGACUGACUCACUGUUGGAGUACACUCUUCAGAGAGUAAACUUAAGCCUAAAGAAAGUGCACAGUAAUGUAGUGUAAAAUUGCCUCCAAUCCCACUACGAUAUCAAAAAACAUGUGCCGUAUAUGUGAACAAACUUUCCAGGCACAAAUCAAGUCCACCAAGCCAUCUGCAUACUCACCAUUGAAUAUAAGUUUGGUCAUCUUCUCAUGCCAACGACCAAGCCAUCUGCAUACUCACCAUUGAAUAUAAGUUUGGUCAUCUUCUCAUGCCAACGACCAAGCCAUCUGCAUACUCACCAUUGAAUAUAAGUUUGGUCAUCUUCUCAUGCCAACGACCAAGCCAUCUGCAUACUCACCAUUGAAUAUAAGUUUGGUCAUCUUCUCAUGCCAACGACCAAGCCAUCUGCAUACUCACCAUUGAAUAUAAGUUUGGUCAUCUUCUCAUGCCAACGACCAAGCCAUCUGCAUACUCACCAUUGAAUAUAAGUUUGGUCAUCUUCUCAUGCCAACGACCAAGCCAUCUGCAUACUCACCAUUGAAUAUAAGUUUGGUCAUCUUCUCAUGCCAACGACCAAGCCAUCUGCAUACUCACCAUUGAAUAUAAGUUUGGUCAUCUUCUCAUGCCAACGACCAAGCCAUCUGCAUACUCACCAUUGAAUAUAAGUUUGGUCAUCUUCUCAUGCCAACGACCAAGCCAUCUGCAUACUCACCAUUGAAUAUAAGUUUGGUCAUCUUCUCAUGCCAACGACCAAGCCAUCUGCAUACUCACCAUUGAAUAUAAGUUUGGUCAUCUUCUCAUGCCAACGACCAAGCCAUCUGCAUACUCACCAUUGAAUAUAAGUUUGGUCAUCUUCUCAUGCCAACGACCAAGCCAUCUGCAUACUCACCAUUGAAUAUAAGUUUGGUCAUCUUCUCAUGCCAACGACCAAGCCAUCUGCAUACUCACCAUUGAAUAUAAGUUUGGUCAUCUUCUCAUGCCAACGACCAAGCCAUCUGCAUACUCACCAUUGAAUAUAAGUUUGGUCAUCUUCUCAUGCCAACGACCAAGCCAUCUGCAUACUCACCAUUGAAUAUAAGUUUGGUCAUCUUCUCAUGCCAACGACCAAGCCAUCUGCAUACUGACCAUUGAAUAUAAGUUUGGUCAUCUUCUCAUGCCAACGACCAAGCCAUCUGCAUACUGACCAUUGAAUAUAAGUUUGGUCAUCUUCUCAUGCCAACGACCAAGCCAUCUGCAUACUCAUCAUUGAAUAUAAGUUUGGUCAUCUUCUCAUGCCAACGACCAAGCCAUCUGCAUACUGACCAUUGAAUAUAAGUUUGGUCAUCUUCUCAUGCCAACGACCAAGAACAACAUAAAAACAAAGCUAGUGGUUUUAGAAAUUAUCACUUUCUACAGAUUCAACAGAUCUCUUCACCUUAUUGAAUCUCAGAUUCAACAGAUCUCUUCACCUUAUUGAAUCUCAGAUUCAACAGAUCUCUUCACCUUAUUGAAUCUCAGAUUCAACAGAUCUCUUCACCUUAUUGAAUCUCAGAUUCAACAGAUCUCUUCACCUUAUUGAAUCUCAGAUUCAACAGAUCUCUUCACCUUAUUGAAUCUCAGAUUCAACAGAUCUCUUCACCUUAUUGAAUCUCAGAUUCAACAGAUCUCUUCACCUUAUUGAAUCUCAGAUUCAACAGAUCUCUUCACCUUAUUGAAUCUCAGAUUCAACAGAUCUCUUCACCUUAUUGAAUCUCAGAUUCAAAGGAAAAUCCUUGCCUUUUGUCCAAUAUAAAGGCAUUUCAAAGAACACAUUUUUAUGAAUUGCUGCUGAUGGAAUUGCUCCACUCCAUUUCCAUGCUGUGAAAAAGAAACAGACCAAAUCCCAAGCAAUUUUGUACAAGUUCUCGUUGACUUGAGACGGUCUUUCCAGCACUGUUUUCCUAACAUGUAUGCCAUUGUCAGUGCAGCAAUAUAAAAUGAUCUUCCAAAACCCAAAUGGAAGCAAUUGAUCUGCAUUUCAAUGAUUUUUUUAUGUUCAGAAUCAAAAAAGGGAAGCAGAUAGUCCCUUUUUUUAAGUGGCUUUCAUGUGAUCAAGCUUUUGCUCGUUCAAAAAAGAUUUGUGAUCCCUGGUCUACACUUUUUUUGCACUUCUUCAUAUUCUUUGGAGGCAGAGCUAAUCGCUCUUUAUAGUAUAGCCCCUGUCAAUACAUCAGCAGCUUGUCUCGUCUGCAGCUUGUUUCAUCAGCAGCUUGUCUCAUCAGCAGCUUGUCUCAUAAGCUGGGAAGUGUUGUAAAUCAGUGAUUCCCAAACUUUUAAGUUUGGCAGACUGGUGGGCAAGUUUACCACCUCACCUUAGUUAUGUAAUCAAUUUGAUAGGACUCUAUUAAAUAUUACCAUAAAAUGCUAGCAGUUAUUCAUUUUUUUGUUAUUGCUUUUUAAAUAUAAAAACAAAUUCAAUAACAGUUGUUAUUGUUUUUUAAAUAUUUUUUAAAAAUUUGAUUGAGUGUUGCCUGCCAGGUGUAGGUGUUUUGCGCGUAGAUAUAAAAAUUUGCAAAUAUUUAUAGUCAUCAAACAUAAUUAAGGAGCCCAAAAGUAUGGUGCACUAGCAAAUUCCCAUAUACCAUAUUUAUGGUUUCAGUCAACUGGUCAAACUGUUGUGAGUUUUCUGGUAUACCCAAUUUUUUCAGUUGAAACACUAUGUCAGGAGGUGGGUAAUUUUCUCGAGUGCUUGGAAUUGGAAUCAGUGGCAGCAGGUUGAGUCUGCAUGUUGAUAUAAGCCAUGGCAGUAACUAGUCUGAAAUCAGUGGCAGCAGGUUGAGUCUGCAUGUUGAUAUAAGCCAUGGCAGUAACUAGUCUGGAAUCAAUGGCAGCAGGUUGAGUCUGCAUGUUGAUAUAAGCCAUGGCAGUAACUAGUCUGGAAUCAAUGGCAGCAGGUUGAGUCUGCAUGUUGAUAUAAGCCAUGGCAGUAACUGGCUGGAAAAUAUUCAGUUUACAUCAGUAUUACCAGACACUACGCUGUUGCCAGUAACUGAGUUUUUAUCAAUUCUUGCUUCAGCUUUAUCAUGACAUUUUUUUUUAAAGCUUUCUAGCGGCCAUGCUGUAGGCCCACUCACCCAAUCAUAUUUUUUAAAAAUUGCUUUUAAUCUUUGCCUUGGCAACCUUGGCAAUUCUUUACAUGUCAGGAGUAUCUGGGUGAUCCCGUUUAUUUCCCAAGCAUCUGCAUGCUCAUUUUGAGGUAAGCCUGUACAGACAGAGAAUUUGAUGUCUACCACAUUCAAAAUAGCACUUACUAUUGCUUUCUGGUUUAAUGCUUUCCCCGUGUUUUCAGAGCAUAUCACAGCACAUUGGCUGCAGAACCCUGUACUGUAAAUUGCUUUGAGCUCCCUAAACUCAUUCCAUUGACCCCAUUAGCCAUUUACUUGACCCCAUUAGCCAUUUCCUUGGAUGGGUGACCCUUAGAUGAGGUACAGGAUUAGUUUCUUCAUAACCUGUCUACAUAAUUAUUUUUUUUUCUUUACAUUAAUUUUUUAUUCUCUGCAGAUGAAACUUUUUGGACAGCAAUUUAGCCAAUUUAUCGAGCAAGCCAAUGCAAUGAAAGGGUGAUGAAAUAAUUAUAAAUUAGAUAUGUUUUUAAAGAAUAGAAUUUUAAAAAUUAUGCACGCUAAAAAAUAAUUCAAUACUUAAUUAAAAUAUUUUUUGUUGUUGAAAAGAAUACUUUGUUUUCAUGUGCAUCUCAACUUGUCAAAUAAAUGGGGUUUGUUAAUUUUUUAAAUAUGCAUUUCAGUUAUUGUUUUCAUGCUUUGUUUUUUUGUUUUUUUUGUAAUUUAAAUUAACAGCUCAGCCUAAGAACAUGUCCAGUUCAGCUUGGCUGUGCACCCUAGGUAUUCUGAUUGAUUACACUUCCAGCUCUAUUUACAAAAUAAAAUUAUAGCAAAAGGGAAUGGUUCUGUGAAAGGAAGUCGGUUAUGUGUUUUAUACCUUUUUAAAACUUUAUUUCCCUCUAUUUUGUUGUUAAUCAGAGAGUUAAAGACAACAAAAGCAGAAAAUGAAUAUUUGAGAAUGAUGCUGAAAAAAAAGGUAAGAAUUUUUUUUAAAUGUUAUUUUUGUCCCCUUGUUACGUGCUGCUAUGUGGGUUUGAAAAUUUUUAAAGAUUUGGCUUGAAUCAUGAACGGCAUAAAAAUCAGUAUACAAAGAAAAGGGUACCAAAGCUAGUUAUACUAACAAUAUUAAAUUUAAUUGUUCUGACACUCCUAAUUUUCUAAAAAAAUACAAAUUCAAAUAUAUAGAAACAAAAUUACUUUAUCAACUCACAGCUCUGCAAUUCAAAAGGUGCAAUCCUCGAAAAAUAUAAAUAUUAAUUUACAUACACACAUAAAGUGUACAAAAUUGCAGUUAUAUAAAAUCUCGUAUAUGUCUAGGAAUAGGUUUUUCCUUUUUUGAGGACUUCUGCUGGAAUGCCGUCAAUCACUCGCUGGAGGCAAGGAAAUAAAGCAAAAAUAGCUCCUGCUGGCGUAAAAAUAUAAGGAGUUAAUCAGAAACAUCUAGAAAUAAAAUUCUAGGAAAUCCGUCACCUAAUAACAUUCUUUAGAACAAAUAGAACACUUUCGACCAUAAACAACCUUUUCCUUAUCAAGGGAGUCAUGGGUAAAAGGAGUGGCACAGCAUAUUUAAUCGGUGAUGUCAAUGACAUAACAAAGGGAAGACAAGAGGUGUUGGCCACUAUGUUAAAUUUAGGCCAACACACAUGCCAUAACAAUCCUGCAUACAGUUUUUUUAUAAUAACAAAACAGGUCUUUUUGGGAAUAUUAUAGAUCAAAUAAAUAUGAAGAAAAAAUUGUACUUUCACUCUAAGGAAUUCAGCAGUCAAUUUAAUUUUUUUAAAUAAAAGAAGUGAUCAUAUAAUUAAAUAUUACAUAUUCUUCUUAGUAUGCAGUGUCCUUUCAUCAGCUGCCUCUUACAGUCCUAGUAAAAAUAUUUUUACAACAAUAUGUGUUAUGGUAUUUGUUUUGCUUUACUAUAAAAUAAUACUACAUUGGCAGCACCCUCCUAUUAUUAUAUGUCUAUCUCUUGCAGGAUUCUCAUAUAAGGUUAAGUACUCAUGGCUGAAAUUGAAACUGAUUACAGUUUGUUUUCUUCUUUAUCAUUGAUUACUUUUUUUCUAUUUGCCAUUUCCAAACUGGAUCUUAAAGAAUUUUUAAAAAUGUUUGUGAUUCUUUAUGGUUAUUUAUUUAACAAAUAUCAUAUUUUUAAAUACAUCUGGCUAAAAAGAUGUGUUUUUAUCAAUCUGAUUAAUCUCAAGCAGAACACUAAAAAGCCCGACUGCAUGAGGCAUUGCUGUAUUUAAAAUAAAAGUAUUGUUUUUGCAAAUCAUAUGCAAAAUACUAUCGCAAAUAAAUUUUUUUGAAUCUUCUUUUAACAUUCCAUAACAUCAAUAUCCCUUAAUAUUUUACUGCAAUGAUUUCUUCAAUAUAAAAUAGACAAUGUUGUCUUAAUUAAAUGGUUCAGUAAAUAUAGUACAUACUUUAUAUCAAUUGAAGUCAGUUCUUAUUGCCUGGUAGUCCUAUAGGUUAUUUUCAUAUUUUUUCUUCAGAAAUGGAACAUCUCCUGCCCAAUUCUCUGGUAA